AUGGCUGUUAUCCAAAUCAACUCUGCUGACGAAUUCAAGACUGCUCUAACCGACGCUGGCUCCAAGCUAGUCGUCGUUGACUUCUACGCCACAUGGUGUGGUCCAUGUAAGAUGAUUGCUCCAAUGGUCGAAAAGUUCAGUGAGCAAUACAACGACGCUACCUUCUUGAAGUUGGACGUCGACGCCAUCCCUGCCUUGGCCCAAGAGUACGAAAUCAGUGCCAUGCCUACUUUAGUCUUCAUUAAGAACGGUAAGGAAGUCACCAAGGUUGUCGGUGCUAACUUGGCUGCCAUCAAGCAAAACAUCGUCUCAAACAUUUAA